CGGUACUCAACAGUCAACACGCGAACCCCACCAAAUACUUUUACCAUCCCCUGUUGUUCCCCAGAGAAGGAAGGACGGCGGAGUCAACGCGACGCAGCUUCGUCUUCUCUCCUUGGCGUCGGCGCCACUGCUGGCUGCUGCGGUGCGGCGCCGGUGCCUAGCGGGUCCACGGGCCUCUCCUGGAGCGACCCGAUAAGGCUCCCCUGUUCUGGUCUGGCUCCGGCCCUGCUUAUAAACAAGAUGAGACAGCAAGAAUCGCAAGGAACAGCGCCGAAUCCAUCCCCCAAUCUGGCCGGCCGGACACUCUGGGAUCUUUCCUUUCCUUAGCCGAUCGGUCAACGCAGAGGGAUAUCGUUCCGCGCGGCUCGAGAAGUUUCAGUAAAACCCGCCGCCCUUUUUCUUGCAGGCAUCGACAAGCAUUUGCUUCAUUUCUACCCCUCGUAGCAGUGAAGAAUUCGAGAAAUUGGAAGAGUUGGAUUGCACAUCAGUUUCGUGCCUUGGAGUUUUGGUAGCUGGUCAGACUCGGUGAUUCUAUAGUUCUGGUUCAAGGAACUUCUUUGUGAGGUUUCCUUGGAUUAUGGGAGCUUUAUGUUCAUGUCUGCAAGUUGAUUAUUCUGAUCACCAUGGGAACCACACGUCUUCGGCGUUUAGAAACUGCAUGUGCCUCAGAUGUUUCACUCAUCAGCUGAUCAACGUGUACACUGUUUUAUUCCGAGUCGGAGUGGUGCAUUCAGUUUCUCAGGCUAUAGAAGCCACUCCUGUUAAUUCAACUGAAAGUUCCUUUGAUACCUAUCGUUCGCCCCCGAGACCGCUGCCCUAUGAUGAUCCACGAUUUUCCCCUCCUGCUCGUGACUGGUUUGCGUUAAGGCGCGAGACCUCAAGCCAUUCCCCAGAGGAAUCAGAACCACUUAGAGCAAAUGAUGAUGAGGAAAUGGAAACACCAAGUACAGUAGACAAGUCAAGUAAAACAAACUAUGAUACAAAAAUGAAAAGAUGCAGCUCUGCUUAUGGAGAGAAACUGGCACCAAAAGAACCUGGAAAUUACUUAAACUACUUUUCCCCAUCUGCUGAAGAUGAAGAUGUAUGCCCAACAUGUCUUGAAGAUUAUACUUCCGAGAAUCCCAGGAUAGUAAUGCAGUGCUCACACCAUUUCCACCUUGGCUGUAUUUACGAGUGGAUGGAACGAAGUGAGGCAUGCCCUGUUUGUGGCAAGAAAAUGGAGUUUGACGAGACAACUUAAACCUCUGGCUGGACUCUAUAUCUUGGAUUAACAACCUCUCAUAUGGUAAUCUGAAAAUACAGGUGGUCUAGUCCAGCAAAUUCUCUGUACAUACACCCUAUAAAUAUUGAAUCGGUAGGGCGCUCCUCUUCGCCACACCGCUAUUCUCAAAAAAUGCUGGAACGGUGCACAUAAACAUUCUUUUUAGUUUCUUUCAAAUAGACAGCAGGGGGAAAGUUUUCCCCUUUGUCUGUCUGCUCCCUUACGUUGCUGAGACUCUUGGAGGCGCCUUGAUUAUCCGGUGAUAGUUUCACGGGAAAGCUGUAAAUUAAUGACUUGUGUUCAUAUAAUCAUAUGAAAUCCCGUGGUCCUGGGGUUA